AUGGAUUCGCCAGGGAAGAGCGGCGACGAGAAGAUUCUGAAGAAGAACGCGAGUAGCAGCUUUGCCGCAGGAGGGAAUAAGGAUGGAGAUAACCUCGUUACCCUAGCCUCCGCCCCCAGCAUCAACCUCAACAACAAAGCGGGCAGCUCCGGGAGUCUGAACGACCACCACCGCAAGAGCCGCAAGAGCAUCAACGAAAAGGCGGCGCUGGAGGGCGGUGGCGCCGGGGCUAACGAAAAGGACGACGGCAAUGGCGUGAAGCGCGGGCGCAUCAAGCACGUGCGGAUCUACUUUGACAAGAGCCAGCCCGACCUCGGCUACCAGCUGUUGCUGCCCGCUAAGCCCAAGGCCCUGCAGGACCAGCCUUCGCCACACGCGCAGCCCUCGCCGACGACGGCCGCGGUCGACAGCGAGGCGUUGAGCGACAUCCACGGCUCGUCGUCGUCGUCGUCGCUGAACGAGAGCGGCGGCGCCACGGGCAUGGGCGAGGCCUUCAAGCGCUACGUGUGGUCGUCCUACACGACCUACAUCGUCGACUUCAUCAACCAGCUCCUUGACAAGAACUGGCCCGGUCGCGAGUAUCUCGACAUCAACUACCCGUGCCCUGGCUCUAGGUUUGCUUCCAUUUUUGCGCAGUCAUCGCCGGGAGAGGAGAGCAGCGAUUCGGUGCUGGGCGGCAGCGUGCUGGUGCGGUACCUGAACUCGAUGACGUCGGUCGACGACCUGAAGCGGGACAAGCAGAAGGACAAGCAGCCCGAGCAGCAGCCGUCCAAGGCCGCCAUCGAGGCCGUCGUCGGCACCGCGGCCUCGCCUCGGGCCGACAACUGCAGCAGAACGGAGGAGGCGGGGAUGGCGGAGCGGAGGCGAACGGAGCGAAACGGCCACACCAUGUAG